AUGGAGGCGUUGCACAGUUGCAGCCACUUGUCGACUGGGGAGCAGUCCGGAGGUCACGACCACCCUCAGCCAGGAGAGUCUGCUCUGCCUCUCGCAGACCCCGAGCCUCCCAAAUCUCCCUACUCCCAGAACAAUCAACUGCAGACACAACAGACUCGCUCCAAGCAAGGAGGCCCUCAACAACAACAAGAGCAACACCACAAACUGCCUAAUAAGAGGGAGCGCAAGCGUCUCCGACAUCAGAGGCAAAGCGUUGAUUCAGACACCCCACUGGUGGAGGGGGGUAAGCAUGCAAAGGCAGAGGCAACACCGACUAGAGUGUCUCGGACCUCGUCUGGGGGGACCCCGGCAACUCCCUCCUCAUCAACCACCUUCACCCAGUCUACAGAGGCUCCUGCCACAGAGGAGAACCAGGAGGGCACCCUGAAGCAUAAACGGGAGCGUAAGCCUGGAAAACCUGGGAAAUAUGUGUGUUCUUACUGUGGCCGUGCCUGUGCCAAGCCCAGUGUCCUGCAGAAACACAUCCGAUCCCACACCGGAGAGAGGCCCUACCCCUGUGCUCCCUGCGGCUUUUCUUUCAAGACCAAGAGCAACCUCUACAAGCACCGGAAGUCCCAUACCCACAGGGUGAAGGCCGGCCUCGCCUCUGGAGAGCCCAGUGCUUUAGAAGAACUGGUGCCAGAGUCAGAAGACGAAACCAGACAGCCAUCAUCUGCUGCCUCCUCCAACUUGGAGAGACAAGGCAGUGUAGCCAACGAGAAGACCCAUGAAGACACAGAGAGGUCUACAGAGCAGUCCAGUGCGAUGGACAACUCCUACGCUGUCAAGAAGAGGCUGGCCAUGCGUUUGAGCCGAGGGAAACGUGGCCUUCUAGGCUCGUCUGACUCGAUCAGUUCCUCAUUGGGUAUGGCGAGUAUAGGGAGUAGAGGCAGCACAGAGUCUGGCUAUUUCUCUCGCUCUGAGAGCACUGAGCAGUCGCAGGACAGCCCACCCAAUGCAACAAGUGCCAAAAGUUACGCAGAGAUCAUCAUGGGGAAAUAUGGCCGUCUGGGUCACCUCCAGAGGAUGUCCCGGCAUCAGGACCAGCAGCCUUCUGGAGGCCAGGGACAGCAGGAGAAGAGCAUCCCAUUCACAGUGCCCAAGAAGCAGGUCAUUGACCACAUCACCAACCUCAUCACCAUCAACGAGGCUGUGGUUGAUACAAGUAAGAUCGACAGCGUUAAGCCCAGGAGGUUCUCUCUGCCUAGGAGAAGUAGCAAUGAGUCUAACUCUAAGGUUUCUCUAUCUCUGAAAGAGCUGCCGGUAGUCCACCACAGCACCAACAACCCUGGAGACCCAGGCUUUAAAUGCAGUGGUUCCAUCACUAUGGGAGUUCCGUGUGAGAAGUUCCAUCAUCACCAGUCACUACACGUGGAUUCAACGGCAGGCCUGUCAUCCACUUCCAUGGCUCCUCUUCUGAGAAGCCUCUCUAUGCCCUCUGCUGCUAGUUCAACUGAUGCCACCUCUGACGUCUUCCCACAAAACUUCCGCCUUAGCCAAUCUUUCGAUGAACGGUCUGAAACACUGUCUCGCCGGAUUGGGAUGCUACGACGCCAGCCUGCUAUCGAACUACACCCUGGUGCUGAAUUCACUAAAGAGGAACAUAGUUUACACAGUAGCUCCAACACACUCUACAAUCACAAUAUGUCCGUCGUGCCUCCUGACCACAAGCAAUGUCAACCAGAGCCAUAUGAGUGUGAGUCCUGUGGUUUUGGAUGUAAGAACUGGGAAGGUUAUAAGGCACACAAGAGAAGUCUUUGUAUAGCACGACUUCCCCAAGAGAGUCUUGAUACAACAAUAUGCCAGCUGGACCGUUCACAGUUGAUACACUAUCCGAUCAGCAAACCAGGGGCUUUGGCAAUGCGCAAGAGAAGGAAAGAGGAGAGUUUUGAAUCUGAUGAUCCAUCCUCUCCUGUGUCUUUAUCCAUACCCAACUUCUCCACGUCGGUGCAAGGCAGAGACAAAAAAAGUGUAGCAUGCAAUAGAAACUCAUGGCCAUGGUUAGAGCAGGAUCGGGGAGGCACAUCGAAAUGUUUCUCAGUGAUUCAGCAUACUAGUUCAUUUGAGAAACAGGACACUUUGUUUACAGAGAGUCAAGGUAAAGAGGAGGCGCAUUUUAGUUUCCCAUCUCAUGAGGAUGUGUCUCAGAAACAACCGCAGGAACACUCGUCCAAACCAACACCUCGCAAACUGGUGCGCCAACACAAUGUUCAAGUCCCUGAGAUAUUCGUCACUGAGGAUUCCAACACCAAUGUUAUUGAGUCUGUUCAGACACAGUCAGAAACAGCAUCCAUAAUGCCUAAACAGACUGAGAGGACAGAGGAGUUCCAGUGGCCACAGAGGAGCCUCACCCUGUCUGGGGUACCCAUUGAGAAGCUGCCCCCGAAGAAGAAACGUAUUCGCCUGGCAGAGGCCGCCCAGUCUUCAGGGGAGUCAAUGUCCAGCUUUGACUCCAUCUCCCUGCCUCGCAGCCCCAGCCAGGACAGCUGUGCAUCCCACGCAUCUAGCCGCUCUGCAUCCUUCGAGGAGUCCACCAGACCCGGAGACAUGGAGACCCUGGCUGGGACACCGUUGAGGAGGUCUAGGGCCCCUAACAUGUUGACCGUCCCAGGGCUGCAUCUUCACAAAAGGGAGAUGCGGCGGUCAGCCUCAGAGCAAGCACCUCACGACCCACAGCAGCAGUCUGUCCUGAUGGCGAUGUUGGAGAUGCGAAGCAAGUCCUUUGACUACAGCAGUUUGUCCCCUGAGCGCUCCGCAGCUGGCUGGAGAGACAGACGCAAAUGUCUCCUCAUGAGACACACUGCGGUCAGGGACCCAGAGGAGGAGCAGCCUGCCAGACCCGCAGAAAUAAAACUGAACCCCAGUUCCUCCAUUUCUUCCAAACACACAGCACUAAAGGUGAACAACCCUUCUCACUGUAGCCCCAGUCCUGACCCUGUCAGUCCUAGCACUUCUUCUAGACUAAGCCCAGGUCCUCGACACCUUAGUCCGGCCGCUGGUUCCCGUCUGUCAGGCGAAACCACGUACUUUAACCCUGUACAAACUCUUUGCCAAGAGCCCCCCUUACAAUGGAAACUGGGUCAAAGUAUUCAGUUGACCGGACAUUGCUCUGAAGUCCUACCCUCAAAGAACUCUGUAGAAUCUCCUGACCCCCUCCAGAGGGUAGCCCCAUCACCUCUCUGUUCAGGGAAACCUCUAAUUAUCUCCCUGCGUCCUGUCCAUACCUACAUCCACCCUGCCCAACCCCAAUCCCAACCCCGCCCUGUCUACCCUCCCCACCCCCUCCCCACCCAGUGCCCAUUAGGGAUUGCUAGGGCGAACUACCUUCCAAUGUCCACAGGCCUGAAGCUGGAGAUCCCAGUCCCAACUCACAGUCAUGGUGGACAUUCAGAGUUUGUAACACAUCCUCCGCAGAUCCUCCACCCUCACCCUAACAUCACACAUAGCCCAGAGUUUCUCCAGCCCUCCAUAUCACCAGCAGUAGCAGUAGUCCGGCUACAGGCAGACACCAACACCCCAGCCAGUGCCAUAUACACCACUCUGUCCCAAACCACAACAUCUAGGUCCCAGGAACCUGUGUGUUCUGGGUUAAACAGUGGCAAUAGAAAUAUCCCAAUUCCUGAACAUAACAGCCACCUGGUCAUGACUCUGCCUGUAGGCAGCAAGAUGUUGUCUGAGACUCUGCUACCAGUCAGCCAGUUGGCCCUGCCUCCAGGCAACCACUUGACUUUGCCUUUGCCUCCAGGCAGCCAGUUGUGGUCUGAGGAGGGCUGUAGAUCUUCGGGCUCAGGGAGCAACAAGAGGAUGUUAUCCCCUUCAAACAGUGUCGAUUUCAGCCUUGAGUCCAAACAGCAGCAGAAACGAGUGAAGGAGGAGGAAGAAGUAGAGGAGAGUUACGUAGGAAACGUAAUCACGGAAACAUCCACAAAAGAAGAAAAGGUUGAAAUUACAACAUGUUUACCUAGGGUGUGUACUCCCAUAAGUCAAGAAGGAACUUCAUAUCCGACCCUCCAGUCCACCACCUCUCACAGCUGGUGUUAUCUGAACUACGCCAAGCCAAAUCCCUCCACCUCGACUGACCACCAGCCCUCAGUGUACUCCUCUUGGUCUACCAGCGAGUAUGACCCCAACCCUCCAGGCCUAUCCAGCAAGACAGCUCUGUCCCUGUUGGACUGCAAGCAGAGGGUCAGCUCCACCAUCUACACCAUGUCUCCCAUGUCAUCCACCCAAGCAGAGACCCCACCAGAGCCCACCGACAUGAAGAUGCCAUGCCAUUCUGAGGUAAAUAGACUUUACUGUAGGCCUCCUCAUAGAAUGGCCAAUGUGAAAUAUGCAGUACAGUAUGUAUUUAUUUAGCCUUGUCCCAUACUGUACUAUGUGCUGUAGUCUUUCAUACUAUAUUUUGUAUAUGACCCAAUACAGUCUUAAAGUUUGGCCUUAUUUCUCAUUUAAAGCCUGUAGGCCUAUAUUGUAAAUUGUAAUGCUACAGUAUAAUUUCGAUAAAUACUGAAACACAUAAGUUAUGAUGAAUUCCCCCCCCAUCUCUGUCUCCUUGGCCUGAUCUUGCUGGAGCAGGGUUGGUGAAUUUGCCCUGCAUGUCUCUCUCGAGUGUAGGUACAAGCCACUCUGCCCGGCGACAGCUACCGUGUCGAGACAACAAAGCAAGAGCAAUCCGCAGAGGACAAGGAGCUAAAGAAAGACCGAGAGGAGGAGGAAGAGAAGGAAGAGGAGGAAAAGGAAACGGAGGCCGAGUCAACCAGCAAAUGUAGAGAACCUCCACCUCGAAUCUGGAUCUGUGAGGGAGGGUGAGUAGGCUAUGACUGAUUACAUUUUACAGUUGAAAAAAAAUGAAGAUGCAAAGCUUUAUUGGCUUUACAUUCAUAAGGACAUUAGAAACUACACUCAGCCUUACAACUUUAUCUCUAUACAGUACAAGCCAUGGUACUGUAAGCUACUAGUCACAGACAGUGAGGGUAUUGGGUCUCUGUGUCGUUUGUGGAGAGCUGAGAAAUGUUGUCUUUCCCCUCUGCAGGACAUGAGGGGCUAAGGGUUCCCUGUCUGACUACACCAACAGAGCACGUCUGUUGAGUGGCCCUAGCCAGGAAAUGACCAACAACUACCCAGCUUCCUCUACUGUACCCUGUAGAGGCUCAGUUACACCCAACACAGUCAAUAGUUCUGGCCAUUAAGCUGUAAAGGGAAAGUUUCAUUCCCAAUUUCAUUCCCAUUUUAGAUGGUGAUUGAUUGAAUGAAUGAGAACCUUACGUCUAUUUACAUGAUUUCUCUGUACAUCUGGGUUUAUGUGUAUCUAUUUGUAGACAGAGAACAUAAGAGGGAUACUAUUUUCAGAGGAGGGAGAGGAAGGUACAGUACCCAGAUGAAGAAAGUGUUCUCUGCUUCUCUAGUAAUGGGACUUAUGUAGGAUGUGUCAGAUAGGAGAGAGAGCUCUGAGAGAUCGAGAGCGCUCUGAUUCAUCUAAAUUCAUUUACGUUAAUCCACACAGCUAGAUUGAAUCACACUGAGGUUAUGAAGCAGAAAUAACUGAAACUCCUGAGAACACUUGGUCUCCUCCAUCAUAUCUGUGAAUGUGCCACUGAGGUGCCAUCUGUGCUUUCCUCUGCAUCUCUCUGAGUACCGCUGGGAACCUGUUGUUGUUGUUGUGACUCAGGUUCACAGCCUUCUUCUCAUCAGUCACAACCCAGCUAGCACAUAACGUUCUGAGAACCAUAUGUUUCUUAGAGCUUGGGGAGAGUGUGUUUGUCCUAUGGUUAUUUUGCAUACAACCUUCCCACAACUUUCUGGGAAUAGUGUAGGAUAGUUGCUUGGCUUUGGAACAUUCUCAGCACAUUUAAGGAACUUGACAAAAAAAACAGAUUUUUUUUGGUAUUUCAUUAAUUUAACAGAACGUUUCCUAAACAUUCAAACAUGGUUACAUUUAAUUUCAAUCUUGGUAAUGUUCUAGGAACGUUUUCCAACUGGUUUGACAUUGGGAAUGUUCUCAAAUAGUUCAGAGAACGUUAAGAAACAACAUUAUUCUGUGGGAAUUUCAGUACCCUCGACAUAAUGUUUCCUACAGGUUUCCUAUUUAAAGUCAUGUUCUCAAAUUGUUCCGAGAACGUUAAGAAAACUUUCCAUAAAAACCACAAGAAAACUUUUGUAACGUUCAGAGAACAUUCUAAGAAUGAUAUUUAAAAACAUACAUUCCGUCUCAGAACAAGCUGCCCAUAAGGGGCACAAGGGCAAGUGCCCCGUCAGCAUUGUCCUGUUUUUAUUGUUGAUGUCAUUUUGAAUAGCUCCCUGUGUGUUUAUGCUAGAGACUUGCCAUGUCUUGCAGUGGCUGCAGCUCAAUAUGAAGUUUGUGCCUAUUCCAUAACAUGGGGCUUUUAAAAGCUGUGUUUUUCUACACUUGAGAGGAUCCGGACAAGAAAAUCGUCACAAAAUUGUCUGUAGAACCUGAACGUUUGAGCUACAAAUGAAUAAGAUGAAAGAUGAGCCUCUCAUGAACACGACAGCGUUGUUUGUUUUGCCCUAUGACAUCCAGAAGCUUUACGUCAGUCGUCUGAACUCUCUGACGCGGACACCCUAAUUUCGAAGAUGUCUUCUCACAAAACCAACUGUCCAGACCGAAGCGUUUGAGCGAACUAAUAUACCAACAGGGGUCCUAAAAUUCCAAAUCAAAUAGCUAAAUGAUCCAUUUUAUUACCAUCCUAAAACAAUUAGAUACGUUAGCUUAGUAGAUAUUGCGAUCUAAGGGCUUAGACCUACAGGGGUUUUUAAUGACUAAACUUCACGUUUUAUCCGAAUGAUUUAUAAAAGAUCUGUCAGCUGUAUUUUGCGGAGGGGGCAAACUGACUGGACAAGGCAAAGAGUACGCUCUCUAUCCUCUGUCUUGUUAAGUGUGUUCAGGUGUGUUGGCCGCGCCCACUAAUUGGCCACACAUUCAGUGAAAGUUUUAAGGAAGUUAUUCAAAAACCUCCAAAUAACCUUUAAUUUUCGUUCUCAGAGCGUUAAUAAAAACUCCCAGGAAAUCUUUCAAGGGACCAGAGUAAAACCUUCUCAGAACAGGCCAAAUUUUCACUUCUCAGAACGUUUAAAAAUCGUUCAGUUUUACCUGUCAGGAAACGUAUGGCUUUGUUCCCACAACCAAAUAUGAAACCAAAAACAUUAGUUCCCACAAUGUUCCCAAAACCCCGAUGUGCUAGCUGGGAAUGACUCAUCUCCCUUCCAUGCUGUGCUGUGUGGAGCUCUGAGCCCGCCAAUUCCAUCUGUUCAGGCCGAUGUGUGUGCGGGAUGAUAAGACAAAGCAGUGAGAGAGAGGAAGUCAAACAAUGACCUUUCAGUAUGGCUACAGUGAAGGGGGAGUGAAGGCUGAGUGAGGGAGGAUUUAGUGUAGGCUGUCUCUCUGAAGAUAAAGCUAGGGGCAGGAUCUGUGAAUGGGUGUCAGAGUAAACUAUGAAUUGCGUGGGUUGGUGGCCAUCAAUAUGCCUACAUGCUGUAUAUCAGUUCAGCAUGUGGGAUUUUUUGUCAGUGGGCACGUACACACGCAUGCAUCCACACACACACACGCACACACACAUUUGAAAUACUUUAUUUAAAUCCACAAAUCACAUUACAUCAUAAAUUAUUCAAACAUUUCAAAGGUUGUUGAUGCAAGGAAACAAAAAGCACCUUCUCCUACACACAGCUAGCCUGCCCAUAACAGCUGAAACAGAGCAGUACCUUCUCCUCCACACAGCUAGCCUGCCCAUAACAGCUGAAACAGAGCAGUACCUUCUCCUCCACACAGCUAGCCUGCCCAUAACAGCUGAAACAGAGCAGUACCUUUUCCUCCACACAGCUAGCCUGCCCAUAACAGCUGAAACAGAGCAGUACCUUCUCCUCCACACAGCUAGCCUGCCCAUAACAGCUGAAACAGAGCAGUACCUUUUCCUCCGCACAGCUAGCCUGCCCAUAACAGCUGAAACAGAGCAGUACCUUUUCCUCCACACAGCUAGCCUGCCCAUAACAGCUGAAACAGAGCAGUACCUUCUCCUCCACACAGCUAGCCUGCCCAUAACAGCUGAAACAGAGCAGUACCUUCUCCUCCACACAGCUAGGCUGCCCAUAACAGCUGAAACAGAGCAGUACCUAGCCAGUUGUUUUGUUCUACUCUUAGUCAGGCCUGCAAUCUGAAGGCCACGUACAGUAAGCCUAUGUAUGUGGCCAAGACUGCCAAAUUUCAAUGGCACCAACUUGCAUUUGUAUCCUAGGCUGUCCACGCGUGAUAUGAGGGGCUGGUAUUUAAAGAGUUUUUCAGAAAAGGCCUGCUCCAUGUAACAAUCGACACACACACACACACACACACACACACACACACACACACACACACACACACACACACACACACACACACAAACACACAAACACACAAACACAGCUGAUAUGGUUUAAUGAAAGCUCCACAUUGAACCCCUGUAAGGACCUCGCAACACCUGUCUCAUUCAUUCAGCCAAAACAUCGCUUUUAAGGCACCAAACAGGGAUUAAGUUGAGAAAAUUAAGCAUGUUAGCUAUCAUUGUAAUUACCGAUCAUAUUAAUAGAAAGACGUUUUUGUUUUCUGUUUAUUUGGAGCAGCUGGUCUGAGCCCAGGGUUUCCUCCCUCUCUGGUGUGUUUUUAUUGGCUUGCUGUUCCAAACCCCAGCUGAUGUUGCAGGCUCUCUGUGUUUGGACUGGGCUGGGUGGGGGUGGUGUGAGAGGGUGGUGAUGGGGGUUAGAGUCCCACUGCACAGCCCCCACUUCAGCUUCACACAGUCAGGCUUUUAUAACCGCAAACCAGAACACCCUCCACCCAAAAGUAGCACACACACACACACACACACACACACACACACACACACACACACACACACACACACACACACACACACACACACAGGGUGGACCCCCUAACCAACUGAACUGAGUUCACUGUGUAAGAAGGGCGUUUGCCAAACAGAUACAGCGAUAAAUAGAAACAUUAUAGCAGCUUGCAGGUGCUAUUUACAGUACAUAUGGACUGUGGUUUUCAUCAGGGGUGGAAAUGAACUCACCACUGAAAAUGUGACCCGGGAUUCAGAUCAAAAGAUCAGAAUUUAGGGAACUCUGUUAUCUCAGGUUCCUCUCCAUUCCUAGUUGUUAUUGAAAGAGCACUAGCAUCAAGUCACAAGGUUUUGUUGAUAUCACCAAGGUUUUUUGGUGGUAGCAUUACCUAUACAUAAUAACACUACACUAAAUAAAAAAUGUUCUCUCUCUCUCUCUCGUCCGUCAGCUACAGGUCUAGUGAGGAGUAUGUGUACGUGCGGGGUCGAGGCCGGGGCAGAUAUGUGUGUGAGGAGUGUGGCAUCCGCUGUAAGAAGCCUAGUAUGCUGCAUAAACACAUCCGCCUGCACACCGACUCACGACCGUACGUCUGCAAGCACUGCAGCUUCGCCUUCAAAACCAAAGGUGAGCUUUGGAUAGACACAGGAUUGCUGCCUUACUGAGGUUAUAGAUAGUCACAUGACUGUGACUCUCUAGUGGGUAUGGAUAGUUGGAUAGGUACUGGAAUGGCUGCCUUAUUGGGACAAGGUCUCUCCUAUAAAAUAGAUUUUUAAGGAAAAGGGUACUGCUGACCUGCUUGGAGUUGACAUCUCUGUUCAUCCAGUGUGUUGUAGGGAUGUCAGUGAUGGUAAUGUAAUGGUUCUCUGUUGUUCCAGGGAACCUCACUAAACACAUGAAGUCCAAGGCCCAUGGGAAGAAAUGCCAUGACGGGCCAAUGACCGGCUCUUCCCUGGAAGAGACUGAGGCUGAAGAAGGUAAGAUGAUGUUACAGUGGCUUGCGAAAGUAUUCACCCCCUUGGCAUUUUUCCUAUUUUGUUGCCUUACAACCUGGAAUUAAAAUGUAUUUAUUGGGGGUUUGUAUCAUUUGAUUUACACAACAUGCCUACCACUUUGAAGAUGCAAAAUAUUUUUUAUUGUAAAACAAAUAAGAAAUAAGACAAAAAAACAGAAAACUUGAGCGUGCAUAACUAUUCAUCCCCCCAAAGUCAAUACUUUGUAGAGCCACCUUUUGCAGCAAUUACAGCUGUAAGUCUCUUGGGGUAUGUCUCUAUAAGCUUGGCACAUCUAGCCACUGGGAUUUUUGCCCAUUCUCCAAGGCAAAACUGCUCCAGCUCCUUCAAGUUGGAUGGGUUCCGCUGGUGUACAGCAAUAUUUAAGUCAUACCACAGAUUCUCAAUUGGAUUGAGGUCUGGGCUCUUAAACCACUCGAGUGUCGCUUUAGCAGUAUGCUUAGGGGCAUUGUCCUGCUGGAAGCUGAACCUCCGUCCCAGUCUCAAAUCUCUGGAAAGACUGACACAGUUUUCCCUCAAGAAUUUCCCAGUAUUUAGCGCCAUCCAUUAUUCCUUCAAUUCUGACCAGUUUCCCAGUCCCUGCCGAUGAAAAACAUCCCCACAGCAUGAUGCUGCCACCACCAUGCUUCACUGUGGGGAUGGUGUUCUCAGGGUGAUGAGAGGUGUUGGGUUUGCGCCAGACAUAGCGCUUUCCUUGAAGGCCAAAAAGCUCAAUUUUCAUCUCAGCUGACCAGAGUACCUUCUUCCAUAUGUUUGGGGAGUCUCCCACAUGGCUUUUGGUGAACACCAAAUGUGUUUGCUUAUUUUUUUCUUCAAGCAAUGGCUUUUUUCUGGCCACUCUUCCGUAAAGCCCAGCUCUGUGGAGUAUACGGCUUAAAGUGGUCCUAUGGACAGCUCCUUCAGGGUUAUCUUUGGUCUCUUUGUUACCUCUCUGAUUAAUGCCCUCCUUGCCUGGUCCGUGAGUUUUGGUGGGCGGCACUCUCUUGGCAGGUUUGUUGUGGUGUCAAAUUCUUUCAAUUUUUUUAUAAUGGAUUUAAUGGUGCUCUGUGGGAUGUUCAAAGUUUCUGAUAUCUUUUUAUAACCCAACCCUGAUCUGUACUUCUCCACAACUGUUUGGAGAGCUCCUUGGUCUUCAUGGUGCCGAUUGCUUGGUGGUGCCCCUUGCUUAGUGGUGUUGUAGACUCUGGGGCAUUUCAGAACAGGUGUAUAUACAGUGGGGGAAAAAAGUAUUUAGUCAGCCACCAAUUGUGCAAGUUCUCCCACUUAAAAAUAUGAGAGAGGCCUGUAAUUUUUAUCAUAGGUACACGUCAACUAUGACAGACAAAAUGAGAAAAAAAUAUCCAGAAAAUCACAUUGUAGGAUUUUUUAUGAAUUUAUUUGCAAAUUAUGGUGGAAAAUAAGUAUUUGGUCAAUAACAAAAGUUUCUCAAUACUUUGUUAUAUACCCUUUGUUGGCAAUGACACAGGUCAAACGUUUUCUGUAAGUCUUCACAAGGUUUUCACACACUGUUGCUGGUAUUUUGGCCCAUUCCUCCAUGCAGAUCUCCUCUAGAGCAGUGAUGUUUUGGGGCUGUCGCUGGGCAACACGGACUUUCAACUCCCUCCAAAGAUUUUCUAUGGGGUUGAGAUCUGGAGACUGGCUAGGCCACUCCAGGAACCUUGAAAUGCUUCUUACGAAGCCACUCCUUCGUUGCCCGGGCGGUGUGUUUGGGAUCAUUGUCAUGCUGAAAGACCCAGCCACGUUUCAUCUUCAAUGCCCUUGCUGAUGGAAGGAGGUUUUCACUCAAAACUCACGAUACAUGGCCCCAUUCAUUCUUUCCUUUACACGGAUCAGUCGUCCUGGUCCCUUUGCAGAAAAACAGCCCCAAAGCAUGAUGUUUCCACCCCCAUGCUUCACAGUAGGUAUGGUGUUCUUUGGAUGCAACUCAGCAUUCUUUGUCCUCCAAACACGACGAGUUGAGUUUUUACCAAAAAGUUAUAUUUAGGUUUCAUCUGACCAUAUUACAUUCUCCCAUUCCUCUUCUGGAUCAUCCAAAUGCACUAUAGCAAACUUCAGACGGGCCUGGACAUGUACUGGCUUAAGCAGGGGGACACGUCUGGCACUGCAGGAUUUGAGUCCCUGGCGGCGUAGUGUGUUACUGAUGGUAGGCUUUGUUACUUUGGUCCCAGCUCUCUGCAGGUCAUUCACUAGGUCCCCCCGUGUGGUUCUGGGAUUUUUGCUCACCGUUCUUGUGAUCAUUUUGACCCCACGGGGUGAGAUCUUGCGUGGAGCCCCAGAUCGAGGGAGAUUAUCAGUGGUCUUGUAUGUCUUCCAUUUCCUAAUAAUUGCUCCCACAGUUGAUUUCUUCAAACCAAGCUGCUUACCUAUUGCAGAAUCAGUCUUCCCAGCCUGGUGCAGGUCUACAAUUUUGUUUCUGGUGUCCUUUGACAGCUCUUUGGUCUUGGCCAUAGUGGAGUUUGGAGUGUGACUGUUUGAGGUUGUGGACAGGUGUCUUUUAUACUGAUAACAAGUUCAAACAGGUGCCAUUAAUACAGGUAACGAGUGGAGGACAGAGGAGCCUCUUAAAGAAGAAGUUACAGGUCUGUGAGAGCCAGAAAUCUUGCUUGUUUGUAGGUGACCAAAUACUUAUUUUCCACCAUAAUUUGCAAAUAAAUUCAUUAAAAAUCCUACAAUGUGAUUUUCUGGAAUUUUUUUCUCUCAAUUUGUCUGUCAUAGUUGAUGUGUACCUAUGAUGAAAAUUACAGGCCUCUCUCAUCUUUUUAAGUGGGAGAACUUGCACAAUUGGUGGCUGACUAAAUACUUUUUUUCCCCACUGUAUGCACGCACCACUUUUCCGUUAUUUAUUUUUUUGACAUUUUUGUCAAAAUUAUUUUUUCAUUUCACUUCACCAAUUUGGACUAUUUUGUGUAUGUCCAUUACAUGAAAUUCAAAUAAAAAUCAAUUUAAAUUACAGGUUGUAAUGCAACAAAAUAGUAAAAACACCAUGGGGGAUGAACACUUUUGCAAGGCACUGUAUGUUGCAGUGUCUACCUUAGAAGUAUCCAAUAAUACUUUGUUAUGUUGCUUAAUACUCUUAGACUGCUCAGUCUGGCCAGAGACAGGACAGGACGAGCACCGAUACUCUGAUGUCAGCGAAACUGAAGAAGACGAUGAUGACAACGAGUAUGAUGAUGAAGAUGAUGAUGGUGAGGAGGAGUCCUGGUCCCAUGAAGACCCUUCCACCACCUCAACAAGCCACCUGAAGCCACCCAAACCCCCAGACCAGAACAGAACCACACCAGACCGGGACAGGACCAGACCAUCAGGGUCAAGCCAGCUCAGCCAGCCUCAGAGGCUGAAUCCCCGGGAGCCAAGCCUCUGUUACCCUGCUGGUUCCCCCAGCAAGAAGAGAGCUCUGUUCUCCCGGAGGAGGCACCUGGACCCCGAUGGUCACCGCUCCCCACUGCACUGUCCAUCACCAACUCCAGACCUAUCUCCAUCCCCAUCCCUAACCCAUCACCUUUCUCCUGCUCACUCCCUAUCCCCUAGAGCGGACCUGUCCCCUCUCCGAUGCCCUUCCCCCAGGCAUUACCUCUCCCCUGUCUCCUGCCAUCCCUCCACUCCACCACUCUCAUCCCUGUCUCCUAGGUAUAACCUGUCCCCUGCCCCCUCCUACCCCUCCCCACCCUCCUCUCUGUCCCUGCUAGGUUGUCAUGUCUCCUCCUCCCUAGAAAGACAUCCUUCCCCCCUAAGAGGCCUCUCGCUUGUCAAGCCCAAGUCCCCCACCGGUGUCUCCCCUGCCCCUCAGGCAACCAUCCCUGCUCAACACAGAGCCUGUCUGUCCAGACACCCAUCUUCAAAUCCCCACAGGGACAGACCUGCUACAGCUACAAGCUCCAAGGCAAGGCUGGUGAGUAUUUCACUGUCUCUCUCUGUCACCCUUAGAGCACAACACAGACACACCUUGUGUCCGACCUUGUUGAUAUUUGAUCAAGGUAACUGUGGAAGACUGUUUGGCUCUCUUGUAUUUUUGUUACAUAAUUGAAUUUAAUGUCUAUAACGUGGGGACGGAUUGGUUUGAUAACCACAGUGAUGCUCACUCACCUGCGACGUGAUCUGUCUCUGUUUGGUUAGCCGGUUCGGUUCAGAGAUUAAAUAAACCCCUUUCUGCACACAAAGCAGUUCCUGUGCAGGCUAAACAGCCAAAUCCGAGUAAAAUAAACAUCCAAAACAAAUAUAGAUGCGCAGGCCGGUACAUUCAGGGUUAUUUUAAAGUCAUACCUUUAUAGGAAAGGGAAGGAAGGGUAACUCUCUACUUUUAUAUGAUUCAAACCAAACCAACAACACAAAACCUGAAUAUAAUGCAAGAGAGAUCCCAAAUAGACACAAACGUGUUUGUUCUGGGCAGUCGGUGAUAAAAUGAGACACACCUAUCAUUAGAUGUCUGAGAUUGUAACCACAAGGAGUGUGCCAUCAGCCUCUAAAUUUGUGUCAAAGUCGUGUUGACGUUGUGGUUUGGUUGCGUUGUGGUUUUAACCUUUACACCCUUCCUUCCCCUCAUCCCCACCCAGCUGAAGAGCUACUCUGUUCAGGAGGACGACGAGGUGCGUCCCCCUCUCCUGUCCCCCAGGACUAGACCAUCCCGAGGGGGCCACGCGGGUGUCCUCAGCCACCUGCCUCUCCACUCCCAGCAAUUAGCCAGGACCCCCAACCUGAUGAUCCCCAUUGGGGGGAUCCACAUGGUACAGCCCAGGACCAGUCCACACUACAGCCUGGUGACUAGCCCUGUGGCAGCACAGAACACCCCUACCCCGGCAAGGAUGGACCGGUCCAUGGCAGCCCAGAACACCCCUACCCAAGCAGCAAUAGACCGGACCAGGUCAUCCCAGGACACUUCUACCUUAACAGGAAUGGACCGGCCCAUGACAGCCCUGAACACCCCUACCCCAGCAGAGAUGGACCAGUCCAGGACCAGGAGAGCUGGACUGGACAAAGGGCCACUUAGUUGGCCUUCAUUGCUGAAGCACCAUCAAAACACUCUGAAAGAGGCUGCUAGGCCUAGCACUAGCAUGCACACCAGCUACCAGGACAACAGGGUAGGAGAGGGAGAGGCCGGGGCUGGGUGCAGACAGUCAGGACCUCUCCCAGACAAGGCAGGUACGGCCCAUGUACAGGUGUGA